AUACGGAAAAACGAGUUGUUGUUGACAAGAUCAAAAAGCAAGGUGAAGUCGUGAGAAAGUUAAAGGCAGAGAAUUCAGACAAAGACAAGGCCUAACCUACAGUUUUCUUUCAUCUCUCUGCCCAAACGGAUCUCGCCUCUAUCUCUGGUCCCUGUCAUCCUGUGGAACGCUCUUCCUGCCUUGGUCUCUCGUUGUCUCUCUCUCUCUCUCUCUCUCUCUCCGUGUGCUGGCUGUUUGAUGCUGCCUGUGGUUGUUUCAUUGGAUUAUCACCAUGGCAUUGACCUGGACCAAACUCAUGUUUCUGCAUCGACUGGGUUGCCGGUGGAUUCCGUUUCCCAUGGCUGGGCGCUGCAUUUGCCACGAUGCAAAUAAUCAGAUCGCUGAAGAGGUUGCCAAGCUUCUGGAACUGAAAGCCCAACUUGGAGAUGAUGCCAGUACUCAAAAGUUUGUCCUCAAAACCCCGAAGGGGACCAGGGACUACAACCCCAGGCAGAUGGCCAUCCGUGAGGGCGUCUUCAAGACGAUAGUGGACAGCUUCAAGCGUCACGGUGCCGAGACCAUCGACACGCCCGUCUUUGAGCUGAAGGAGACACUGACGGGCAAGUACGGGGAGGACUCCAAGCUGAUCUAUGACCUCAAAGACCAAGGAGGGGAGCUACUGUCACUGCGAUACGACCUAACGGUCCCUUUUGCACGAUAUCUGGCCAUGAAUAAAAUCAACCGAAUCAAGCGUUUUCACAUCGCCAAAGUAUAUCGCCGUGACAACCCUGCCAUGACGCGUGGAAGGUACAGGGAGUUCUAUCAGUGUGAUUUUGACAUAGCUGGCCAAUACGACCCUAUGAUACCUGAUGCUGAGUGCCUCAAAAUUAUCCACGAGAUUCUCACCAACUUGGGCUUGGGAGAAUUUGUCAUCAAGGUCAAUCACAGGGAGCUUCUGGAUGGCAUGUUUGAAGUCUGCGGGGUACCAGCAGACAAGUUCCGCACUAUAUGCUCCUCUGUUGACAAACUAGACAAGACCUUCUGGGAAGAUGUCCGGGAAGAAAUGAUCGAGGAGAAAGGUUUGGACCCCAAGACUGCCGACAGAAUUGGUCACUACGUCAAGAUGAAAGGCAGCUUGGAGCUGGUAGAGCAACUGCUGCAGGACCCAGAGCUACCCAAGAGCAAGGCAGCCAAGGAGGGACUGGAAGGCAUGAAGACCCUGCUGAAGUACUGUCAAAUCUUUGGAGUCCUUGACAAGGUGUCCUUUGACCUUAGCCUGGCCAGAGGGUUGGACUACUACACAGGGGUCAUCUUUGAAGCUGUGCUGAAAGGGUCUGAGUUAUUGCCCACCAAGGGUGGAGAGCAGGUGGGAGUGGGGUCGGUCUCGGGAGGAGGGCGUUACGAUGGCCUGGUCAGCAUGUUUGACCCCAAGGGCAAGCAGGUGCCCUGUGUCGGCCUGAGCAUUGGCAUCGAGCGGAUCUUCUCCAUCAUGGAGGCCAAAGCCGAGGCCAACGCCGAGAAAAUCAGGACCACAGAGACGGAAGUACUGGUAGCCUCUGCUCAGAGCGGCAUGCUGGAGGAGAGACUAAAACUCUGCAGGGAAUUGUGGGAUGCUGGAAUCAAGGCAGAGAUGGUCUACAAGCGGAACCCCAAGAUGCUGAACCAGUACCAAAUGGCGGAGACCACCGGCAUCCCCCUGAUAGCAGCCGUGGGGGAGGCAGAGUUGAAGAGCGGAACCGUGACCCUGAGAAACACAGAGACAAGAGAAGAGGAGCAGAUACCCAGAGCUGAUUUGAUAUCUGUCAUCAAGGACAGGUGCAGACAGAAACCAUCUUAAGUGUUCCUCCUAGAGUUUAAGCUGUGAUGGGCAUCAAGUUUCAAUUGUGUUGCCCUGGAAACUGUUAAAGCUGACAUCUGCUGUGCUUGGUGCUGGUGAAGCACAGCGGAUCACUCAGUGUGGAGCAUCUCACCUGAAGUCAAACAAAUAUGUCUGGAAUGGAAGAGUUGUUUAGGAUUCCAAAAUUCUGUUCUGAAUUCUGCAAAAUAAAUGUUGAAGAAAGAGUUUCACAGUUUGAAAUGAAGUCAUUACAACUGUAGUGUAGAAGCAUAAAUAUUAGACGCAUCACAUAGGCCACAAGAUUUGCUAAAAUAAUAUGCCAGUGGAAUAAAGCUCACCGUUAAACGGGAUAGCAAUGCUUUCAGUUAGUCAAACAAGCUAAGGCUGGACUUAUAUAAUCAAGAACGCAUUCAACUGCUCCCAUCUAUUCUUUCAUUUGGUACUAUCUGUAAACAUAAUUUGACAACUACAUCACCUGGUUAAUAUUUUUUUCUUUCAAUUGAUCAGAAAAAUAUUUUCAUUUGGAAUUUUAUCAGUUCGCAUUUGUUAUCAGUUAGCACUUAUCUACUUGUGUGCCAUCAUUUUGCUUCUCAAACCAUCUUGUCAGAAGUACAAAAGCCACAUUGUCCCAUCUGCCUUACACUGUUGGAAAACUGACUUACACAUGUGGCUUGUUACAUUUUGUAUUUACCCAGGAAGACUUUUUACUUUCUUGACAUGUUAAGAGAGAUUAUUCAUGCUUUGGCCUUUCCUUGCCUUUUUUUUCUAUUAAGUGCAAAGUACUCAGGAGUUUGUUGCUUAAUCUCUGAAUAACGCUUCUGUAGAAAAAGAAAAUUGUCAUGCAUUUAACAUGGACGUUUCAGCCAAACCUGUUUGAUGUGUCUUUGUGAUAGAUUAGAAAAAGACUGAGGAUCAUCACAUGAUUUUGCUGUAUAACCUGUUAUGGUCACAUUCCUUGUAUGCUUUCAAACUUGACCAAAGAUGGCAGCCUAUUAGCAGGGCAGUGAAUUUGAAAAAUUCAGUGAUGUGCACCAUUUGGGAAUCGUUUAGAGGCCCACCGUCUUCUGGUUACCUAAAGUCAGUUUCAAAAGGUUAUAUAUACUCAGAAAUGAUAUCAAUAAACUAAAACAACUAAGUUUAGGGACACCCAAUAUGUUGUUUUUUGUUAAUAUUUCAGAGAUGUGGGAGAAUUUGAUGUCUUUCAAAUGGAUAUACCGCAUUUUGGAAAUUAACGCUUCAUAGUAUCCAUCUUUCUAACAAGUGUCAUGUUGGAUGUGAAAAGACAUCCAGUUUAACUCUUUCACUACACAGUGAUGGAUUUCAUAUUUCCUGUUGUCAGAAUGAUUGGACAAGUCACAAGUGUAGUGUCCCAGCACCUCCCAUUAUCGUAAGUUGAUUCCAAUUGAAGAUAAAUUUAGUUUACAAAAAAUGCUCAGCAAGUAUAUAUGUACAUAUAUACUUUUUCACUCUAGGAAGAUUCCACAUUCAGUCCCAUUACCAUGUUCCCACAAAAUUAGUUUACGUAUUGGGUUAUGUGAUCACUUAAUCUGACAUUAAAAACUCCAUAAAAAGUGCAGUAUGCUUAUAUCACAGCUCCCUAUAUUUUGUGGUUGUAACCAACAUCUAAUUGUUGACUGUUGGAGUUGUCUGAGAUGCGUUUGGUGAAUAAGCACUUGGUAGCUCAGUGUAUUUCAAAGUGUACUUCAAAUCAUGAUUCCAUUGAUUAAAGUUCCAGUUUGGGAAAUUUUCAUCCAGCAGUGCAAUUACCGUCAUUAAAGAAGUGAGAAAACAAUGUCAUUACCUAGAAUGAAUUCAAAUUGGAACACCAGAUUGACUGAAGAAUGUAACCUAUAUGCAUCUUGAAAGUGCUUCGCUCAUGUUGUUUGAGUAUCAAUUUAUGUCUCCGCCCUAUCAAACUUUUGUGCAGUAUAUUAAUAUUGAUAUGUCAUGAUCUCGUAACUAUUCUGAUAAUUCUGUUAUAAUUUAUUUACAGCUAGCUGUGAGGCACACUGACUGUACUUAUAAUAGAUGUCAAGACUAGAAAGUGUACCACCAGGCCAAAGUGUGAUUUACCAUCUCCCUCAUUUGGGGUAGGCCUGUGUAAUAGCAGGUUUUUGUCAAAGAGUGUUCUAGUACACAGAAUAUGCUUCAUGUUGGAAAUAAAACUUUUCAUUUUGAAAGGCUUUGAAACA